UCCCUGUCUCUACUUGACAAGAACACAGGAUUGCUUUUCACCAUGAGGCAGCUCUUGCACUGCUGCCUCCUACAAAGUCUACCAUUCCUCCUUCUCCCUCUCUCUUCAUCCGUGGGCUGACUGAACAAGAGGAGGAGAGGAGUUGGACUUUUCCGAGCCUUGAACGGGACAGAUCAGCCCCAAGGAGGGGGGGGGUUGUAGAAGAGCAGAAGGGGUGGGAGGGUGACAUCUCAGGGGAGAAGCUUCUUUUCUGUUGCCUCAGGAGAAAGAAAGAAAGAAAGACAAGAAAGGGAGAGGCAGCGUGCUCUUUUCAAUGCAGUGGAGACUUGGGUUUCCUUUCAUUCGUCUGGCUUUUGUUUCUCCAUUCCCAGUUGUCCUGAGUGAGGGGACAAAAGUGAACUACAGAGGACAGGACUUCUAGAACCGUAAGCACCGUGGCUUGUGUCAAGCUAUCAUCUGCUGCCCAGAUUCGUUGGACACCAGCCUGACACUCUGCGCUUUGAUGAGGUAACAGUCAACCAAUUUGCCCAACAUCCCUCUGAGGAACCAUGGGCCAGAAGAUUUCAGGAAGCAUCAAGUCAGUGGAUGUGAGGGGUGAGCCCUCCUACCGGCCCUUACGGAGAGAACUCCGAGGUCCGGAUUUCUUCAAGCCAGCAAGGCUUGACCUUCUCCUGGAUAUGCCAUCGGCAUCCCUUGAGCAUCAGCUGCAGCAUGCCUGGAACCCAGAUGACCGCUCUCUCAAUAUCUUCAUCAAAGAAGAAGAUAAGCUGACUUUCCACCGCCAUCCGGUGGCCCAGAGCACGGACUGCAUCCGAGGACGAGUGGGCUAUACACGUGGUCUCCAUGUUUGGCGCAUCCAUUGGCCCGCCAGGCAACGUGGCACCCAUGCCGUAGUGGGUGUGUCCACAUCAGAGGCCCCGCUCCAUUCAGUGGGAUACACCUCUCUGGUAGGUAGUGACAGUGAGUCCUGGGGCUGGGACCUGGGCCGCAACAAGCUCUACCACAACAGCAAAAACCGACCAGCUUCAUCGGCACCUACAUAUCCUAGCUUCCUUGAGCCUGAGGAAGCCUUUGUCCUCCCUGACACCCUAGUGGUGGUUCUGGAUAUGGAUGAGGGAACGCUUAGUUUUAUGGUAGAUGGACAGUACCUUGGAGUGGCCUUCAGAGGACUAAAGGGAAAGAAGCUGUAUCCCAUCGUUAGUGCUGUAUGGGGACACUGUGAGAUCACCAUGCGCUACAUCAAUGGCUUGGAUCCUGAGCCCCUGCCACUCAUGGACCUGUGUAGGAGAGCAGCGCGCCUGGCUCUGGGCCGUGACCGACUGCAGCAGAUUGAGUCCUUGCCUUUACCCCAAUCUCUAAAAAAUUACCUCCAGUACCAAUGACGUGGACAGAUCCACUCAACACGCACAGACUGACAAAGAGCAACCCUUCGCGGUGCGGCGACUCUGGCGCCAACAACAGGCCACCGAGGGCGGAUGUUUACACUACGAUAUGUCUCUUCUACCAGAGAUGUUCUCUUUCUUCCUCGUUUUUUUUUGUUUUUUUUGGAUGGUAUGUAGAACCAAACUAUGAGCUUGGCGUGUAAGGAGUGUAUGGAUGCCCCCAGCGUCCUCCACUGUUAGUCUCUUCCUGAAUGUUUGGGCUUGGCAUUUUAAAAAUAUAUAUAUAUGCUGAACAACCCUGGGAAUGCUCGUUUGAGGCUCACAUCGAUGCUUUAAACAUUCCAGAAGGAAACCAAGCACCUUAGAGGCCAGACUUUGGAGCUGGAGCUGAAGCGGUGUCCGGUUUCAAGCAGGUCUUACCCGUGCACAAAGGCGACCGCUGAUUAUAUUAAGACCCGAUUAGUCAAAAAGUGCACUGAUACAGCAACAAACACUCCCAAGUAAAGUAAUCACGUUUCUAAUUUGAGUCAUUCCUGAGUGUCUACCUUGAUUUUAAGGUGAUUGUGAUUUUUUUUGUUUUUAAUGAUUUAUGACUCCAUUAAUGAUACAGAUCCUGUUACAAGUUUAGAGCUGAUGCUUUAUUUUUAUUUUAUUUAUCUGGAUGUAAUUCCUUUUUAACGAAAACGAUACUGUGCGUCCUAGCGCAUGGACAUGAGAAAUCCGUCCCUAAUAGCUUUUUAUUUGAAACCAGGAUGCUGCUUUUUUCUAUUAUUAUUAUUAUUAUUAUUAUUAUUCAUGCAGGUUUGAUCAGGAGAUCUGCAGUAAACAGUGGAAUGUAAAAACACCGCUAAACAUUAGUAUAUUUAAAAUGUGAAAUAAAA